AGCACAGUUAGCUCACGAACCGCUAACAGGGGCAGCAGUCGGUCGAGCUGGCUUUAGGCUUCACAUAGGCGUGUUUAGGUUACCAUUUUUUUUUGUUUUUUUGUUGUUGUCUCUGCCUGGUUUGGUCACAAGCUGCUUUUUCAAUGGCGAAGAAGACGUACGACUUGCUGUUCAAGCUGCUGCUGAUCGGAGACUCGGGCGUGGGGAAGACCUGUGUGCUGUUCCGCUUCUCAGACGACGCCUUCAACACAACCUUCAUCUCCACCAUAGGAAUAGACUUCAAGAUCAAAACUGUUGAAUUACAAGGAAAGAAGAUCAAACUACAGAUCUGGGACACAGCGGGCCAGGAACGGUUCCACACCAUCACCACCUCCUACUACAGAGGAGCCAUGGGCAUCAUGUUGGUCUACGACAUCACCAACGCCAAGAGCUUCGAAAACAUCAGCAAAUGGCUGCGCAACAUUGACGAGCAUGCAAAUGAAGACGUGGAGAGGAUGCUGCUAGGCAACAAGUGUGACAUGGAGGACAAGAGGGUUGUCCCAAAAGCCAAGGGAGAGCAGAUCGCAAGGGAGCACGGCAUUAGGUUUUUUGAGACGAGUGCUAAGGCCAACAUCAACAUCGAGAAGGCUUUCCUCACGUUAGCAGAAGACAUCCUGAGAAAGACGCCUGUAAAAGAGCCCAACAGUGAAAACGUCGACAUCAGCGGUGGAAGUGGAGUCCCAGGCUGGAAGAGCAAGUGCUGCAGUUGAACUACUCCUCUGUUUCACUCACACUAACGCACACACACACACAUGCACACAGACACACACAUGCACACACACUCUGACACAUACUCUCUCUCUCUCUCUAACUGCUAACUCUAACUCUCUCUCUCGCUCUCUAACCUGUCUCAUGAGUUUUCUUGCACACUGACACUCUCUGUCUGUCUCUUUAUCAGAAUAAAAACAAUAAACCACUUCACUCGUCUAACCCCCCCUCCCUCCCUCCCUCCCUCCCUCCCUCCCUCCCUCCCUUCCCUUUUCUCCUCCCACACACCCACCCAUAUUCUUCCAAUCCUUCCAUCUGAUGAUCAUUUUUAUUUCUGAUAAAAAGAGAAAUCCAGUCACGUUUCUUGUCAUUUGUUUUAAAGGUUGUAAAAAAAAAAAAAAGAAAAACAGAAAAAAAAAAAGAAAAGACAAGCUCAUAUUUUUAAUAUUUCCUUUGCCUGAGCUCACCUUGUUGGACAGCCUCACCGAACCCUUAAACCCCCCCCCCCCCCCCUCCCCCUCCCAUCCCCCACCCCCAUCCCCACCCCAGCCACAGCACUCACCUUCAAGUGGGAGGAAAUCAAACUCAAAGAAAAUCAAAGAAAAAAGACAAAUGUAGGAUUAACAUUUUGUACACUUUAGUGGGGUUUCUGUUGUCUAACCGUAUUGGGUCAUUUACAAUUUGUUACCAAGUGACAGAGGCGUGGCUAGCUCCUUUUGUAUGUGGGGGUUUAUUUUGUCCUGUGCCUUAUAUGGAAGACAGGGGCGGGGCUGUGUGGUGGGCGGAGCCACAUCCACCCAAUGAAAUUACAGUUUAAUAUUCGGUCGGCUCAGGCUCCCGAUGUCGAGGAAGCUGAGCCGAAGCAGAAGCGUUUGAAUUUCUCCUCCAGCCAAGAGAAUGGCAUUAUACAGUAUGUCCUGUUUAUUGAUGUUUUAUUUUUAUCUGUAUGAUUUAUUUUACUUUCAUUUUUUUUUCUUUUAUUUUUUUCCCUCUUUGGGUUUUUUUUGUUUUGUUUUUUGUUUUUUUUUCCUGCAUGCAGAUUUCUGUGGGUUGGAAGCGUUUCUGUAACGUUGUGUAACGUUUGCCACUGGGUAACUGUGGGCGGGAGGUACAGAAGUUCUCUUUGGAAAUUCAAACAGUUUUGCAGAUCCAUUAAAAAUAAGCUUGUUUAAGUUAA